CGGCCGAUGAACAACCCUGGAUGCUCAACUGUCUACGAGUGCAUUGACAGAUGAAAGGAAGUGGAGAAAAAGGUAAAAGUUGUCAGAGUGAGCUCGCUUAAGUUACUGAUAAACGAGGUUCAGAAGAAGUUCUUAUACUACUGGAAUUAGAUUACAUUUAAAAUUAUACUUACAUCUAAUAAUUCAUUGUUAUUAUACCUACAUCUAACUUAAACUAUUAGUACGGGUUUUCUUAUAAGCUAAAAGUCUGGAUUACUCCGUUAUAGUUAGUACGAAUUUCUAAAAGUACGGGCUGUUCUAAUACAGGUUGUUAUAGUACGGAUAAACAACAGAAGGAGACUAAACGGAUUUACAACUCUGUUCCUGUACAAUAAAAACGAGUUUAAAACCGGGAAAAAAUCUGUCUGUUCGUUGCUAUCGCAACAUUUUGUAAAUCCGUUUACGAUCGGGGGUUCAAGUUAUUCGGUAUGUCAAAGAAAAGUGAUGGGCGAGCGGCAUCACCCAAGCCACUGCCGGGUGUUAGUUGCGAAAUAUGUCGGAAACCGGAUAAUGACCGUAUGGUAGCGUGUGAUUCGUGCGAUCAGUGGUAUCAUUUCGCGUGUGUUAGCGAGGAUUCGAGUGUACAGGAUCGGGAGUGGUGCUGUCUGAAAUGUGUUGAAGCAGCGAAGCAACAUCCAUCUGGUACAUCAACCCCUAACAGCAAUACUGGAACGAUACCAAAGCCGGGAACUGGCCAACCAACGGAUUCGAAGCUGGAAGAAUAUUUACGGACGCAAUUAGCGGCGAUGCAGAAAAGGUUUGAGCGAAUUCUUAAGGAAAAAGACGUACUGCGGACGAACGAGCUUAAGGAUCAAAGGGCUAAAUAUGAACAAGAGCUGAGAGAUUCGGAGCGGCGAGUACUAGAACAGGUGGAAAGACAACACCAGUUAACCGGGUCAAACGGAAUAGGACCGACGGCGAGUUCGACUGGUUCGACUGGUUGCCGCGAAUCAACGAACAGGAUGUUCCCCAGGAGAAUGAGGUUAUAGUGAAUGAAAUGAAAAUGCUGGAAGAAAUGCAGGCACUGGAAAGGAAGCAUUUGGAAGAGCGAAAUCGACUUCUUCUUCGGCAAGCACAUGCUGAUGGAGGCUCGGCUAGCGGAAGUACUGGACUGAAUCCCUUGGCUACAGGGUUUCAGCCGAGAGCUAGUGACUUUCCCGGAUAUGUUUCGUUGAGUCAAAACCAGAUCUCUGCGCGACAGGCUGUUAAUAAGGAACUACCCAUGUUUUCAGGGAACCCAGAAGAGUGGCCGCUUUUCAUAGCGAGUUACGAAAAUUCGACAAGGAUUUGCGGAUAUAGCGAUGAAGAAAACUUGCUGCGACUCCAACGAAGUUUGAAGGGAAAGGCGUUGGAACUGGUGCGUUGCCGCCUUCUUCAUCCUGCCAAUUUACCGGGAAUAAUUUCGACACUGAAAACUCUUUUCGGGAGACCGGAGAUUAUUGUUCACACUCUGGUGAAUAAGAUACGGGAGAUGCCAGCGCCGAGGGCAGAGAAAUUGCACACACUGAUAGAUUUCGGAGUGGCAGUGCAAAAUGUCUGCGCAACCAUCGCGGCUUCAGGUCUCGACGAGUACAUGUGCAACGUGGCUCUGCUCCAAGAAUUAACCGAAAAACUGCCACCAUCUAUUCGGUUGAAUUGGGCCUUUCAUCGACAACAUCUACCCAGAGUUACGCUCUUAGAACUCGGGGAUUGGUUGGGAGAAUUGGUUGAGGCGGCAAGUGCAGUCACAAUGCCAUCAAUGAGUGUUCCGAAACCAGAAAGACGUGGCAGAAAGGAGGAUUAUAUUAAUGUUCACUCCGAGAGCAACCCCAUCACCGAAGCAAAUGCAAGGGAUCGUCUGCAGAGAGCUGUAAAAGGGUGCAAUGUAUGUUUGAAUGACUGUAGCGGUCCAGAGAAGUGCCAAAAGUUUCUCAACAUGGACGUCGGGUCCCGUUGGACCUUUGUCAAGGAACAGAAGCUGUGUAGGAAGUGUCUACGGAAGCAUUUCGGUGCCUACCAAGUCAAAACGCCAUGCGGGAGGAAUGGGUGCACAUUUAUGCACAGUAAGUUGCUUCACGACGACAAGCGAUAUAGUAAGACAGUAACGUCCGAAUCAGAGAAGUCGACUGAGGGUACAUCAACGCAGAGCUGUAACACGCAUUCGAAGGCAACGAAGAAGGUCUUGUUCCGGUACGUUCCCGUGACUAUAUAUGGCAAGGGAAAGCAAGUGAAAACCUUCGCCUUCCUUGAUGAUGGGUCAUCGGCAACCUUAAUGGAGCACGGUUUGUUGAGAGAACUAGGUCUUAAAGGAACUUCGUAUCCACUAUGCCUCGACUGGACAGGUGGUCACCAACGUCGUGAAAACAACUCGGUAGUGUUGGCAUUGAAGAUCUCAGGAAUAAAGGACACCAGCGAGAUUUUUGAGCUCCCGGAAGUCCAUACGGUUCAGGAUCUUUCUCUCCCGAAGCAGUCGGUAUCAGUAUCGCAGAUGAACGUCAAGUUCAGCUAUCUAAAAGGGCUGCCCCUGGAAUCCUAUGAGAAUGUGUCCCCACGAAUCCUAAUAGGAAUGAACAACUGUCGUCUAGGCUCUGCCCUGAAAAGUGUAGAAGGUGGUAGAAAUGAACCGAUGGCGUCUAAAACCCGCCUUGGCUGGAUAGUUUACGGUCUAUGCCCAAUGGAACUCAGUCGGAAAGAUUCUGGUCAUAAUGGGCACCAUAGUUUUCACAUAUGCCCGUGUGUGAAGGAGGAGGAAAAGGAUCUUAAUACUGCCUUGAAAGAGUUCUUCUCGAUCGAGUCCACGGAGAUCUCCGGAACACCUAAACUGAUAGCUUCGAAGGAUGAAGAGCGAGCAAUAAAAAUCCUAUCUUCCGAAACACGACUGAUUGGAAACUGCUACGGGACAGGUCUUCUGUGGCGUUACGAUCGAAUGAACCUACCCGACAACAAGGGAAUGGCUUUGAAACGCUGGGCUUGUCUGCAAAAACGAAUGAAGCGAGAACCUGAGCUAGCCGCAACAAUGCGUGCGAAGAUGUCUGAAUACGAGAGUAAAGGCUACAUUCGGCGGCUCUCCGAGGCGGAGAAGGUGGAGAGGCGUCCCAAGGACUGGUACCUACCAAUAUUUCCGGUCACUAACCCGAACAAACCCGGGAAGCUGAGAAUAGUGUUCGAUGCGGCGGCAAAGAUUAACGGAGUUUCGCUAAACUCGUUCCUCCUUACGGGACCUGAUCAACUGGUAUCACUCCUUGCUGUUUUAUACAAGUUCCGUGAGUUCCGUGUAGCCGUAGUAGGAGACAUCCGGGAGAUGUUCUUCCAAGUUCGGAUGAAGGAGCAAGACCAGCGAAGUCAAAUGAUCCUGUGGGCUAGCGGAAAGCCGGACGAUGAGCCAGACGUGUACGUAGUAACAGUCAUGACGUUCGGCGCAGCUUGUUCGCCGAGUAGUGCCCACUAUGUUCAAAACCAUAACGCGGACAGAUUCGAGGAGCAGUAUCAAAGAGCGGUCGAGUGUAUCAAGUAUGAACACUAUGUCGACGACAUGUUGGCGAGCGUUGAGACUGUGGAGGAAGCUGUGAAGUUAGCCAGGGAAGUACGGUUAAUUCAUUCUCAAGGAGGUUUCGAGAACUGGCUGUCCAAUUCCAGUGUCGUGAUCGAUAGCUUGCGUGAAAAUCAUACCAUGGAGAAGAACAUGAGCUUCUGUGCGGAAACGUCAACGGAAAAGGUACUCGGAAUGUGGUGGUAUAUUGCAAGUGACACAUUCACCUUCAAGCUGUCGCCGAAACAAAAUAUGGAACUGCUGUCCGGCGUCAGAAUGCCUACGAAGCGCGAAGUUCUAAGAACAUUGAUGGCGGUGUAUGACCCCAUGGGUAUCAUCGGUAACCUUCUUAUCUACUUAAAGAUUCUGCUUCAGGAAAUCUGGCGUUCGGGUUGCACAUUGGAUCAGACAAUCAGUGGAAGACUGGCCGAAAAGUGGUUGACGUGGAUCGAAGCACUGCCGAACGUGCGCCAAGUCAAGCUUCCUCGUUGCUAUCGAUCUAGGACAUCUGCUGAACUGUCUAAUCACGUCGAACUACAUACGUUUUGUGAUGCGAGCGAGAAUGGAAUGGCUGCAGUCUCCUAUUUCAGAUUCGAAGAAGAAGGGAAGGUAGAAUGUGCGCUGAUUGGAUCGAAAACGCGUGUAGCUCCUUUGAAGUUUCUUUCGAUACCGCGUCUCGAGCUGCAGGGUGCAGUGAUCGGAACUCGACUCGCCGAGUAUAUUGCCAAAUCACACCAAACUAAAAUCAUACGCCGCGUCUUCUGGACCGACUCCCGCGAUGUUAUAUGCUGGUUACGGUCAGAUCAUCGACGCUACAGCCAAUUCGUGGCCUUCAGGGUCAGCGAGAUGCUCGACACCGCAGAGGUGCACGAGUGGAGAUGGUUGCCUACUAAAGCAAACGUGGCAGAUGAAGGUACAAAAUGGCAAAGAGUGCCAGAUCUUUCGCCAAAUAGUCGUUGGUUUCAAGGGCCAGACUUCUUGUGGGGGCCAGAAAACAAAUGGCCAGGCCAUAAUACAGAUCAUGGUACGACCUUAGAAGAGAUCCGACCCAGUAUUCUCCAUCACACAAUUACCGAAUUUCCGAUAAACUUUGAACGGUUUUCGAAGUGGAAGCGACUCCUGAGAUCAAUUGGAUACUGCCACCGCUUCAUCAUAAAUGUUCGCAAGAAAAGGAAAGGUACCGCCAUGGAGCUUGGCGCUCUUACGCAGGAGGAGCUAAAACUCGCAGAAAAUACAAUUUAUCGAUUUGUUCAACGGCAAACUUACGCCGAUGAAAUUCAGUUAAUCCGCAGCAGUAUCUCGACGAAGUCGCCAUGGAAACAUACGUUGCCCAAAACGAGUUCACUGUACAAGUUGAGUCCUACACUUGAUGAACACGGUGUCCUACGGAUGCGAGGGCGUAUCGAAGCCUGCGAGUGGGUGGACGAAGCCACAAAAAAUCCCAUAAUACUACCGAGACAGCACUAUGUGACUGAUUUGGUGAUCGCUGACUACCAUGUAGCGUACCGUCAUCAGAACCACCACACAGCAAUGAACCAGAUCCGGAUGAAGUACAACAUCCCUCGGCUCCGUUCAGAGUUCAACCGAGUCCGCAGAAAUUGUCAGCAUUGCAAGAUCCGACGUGCAAGACCCGAUCCCCCAGCAAUGGGAAAUUUACCACGUUCCCGGUUGACAGCUUUCCAGCGACCGUUUUCGUAUACUGGCAUCGACUACUUUGGACCGAUGUCAGUGCUAGUGAACAGACACGUUGAAAAGAGAUGGGGAGUCCUAUUCACCUGCAUGACAACUAGAAGCGUGCACCUUGAAAUCGCACAUUCGUUGACAACAGAUUCAUGCAUACUAGCGCUGCGUAAUUUUGUUGCCAGGAGGGGCCCGCCGCUACAGAUCGUUAGCGACCGCGGGACAAACUUCAUAGGAGCUUCCCGAGAACUGCGCGAAGCCUUGAGGCAGGUCGACGAGGAGAAACUCAAGACCGAGUUUGUCGGUCCUGACACUGAGUGGACGUUUAAUCCCCCAUCCGCUCCGCACUUUGGAGGCUGUUGGGAACGUUUAGUCCAGUCCGUCAAAAAGGUAUUGAACGAGUUUGACCCCCCUCGCCUACCUUCAGAUGAAAUUUUGCGAUCCAUGCUCAUGGAGAUCGAAAUGAUUCUAAACUCCAGACCACUCACUGACAUACCACUUGAUAAUGACAAUGAACCCCCCUAA